AUUGACAGUAACUCAACUUAACAGACUGUGCAGCUAUGUGGAAAUUAAUUAUUUUUAAUUGUAUACUUGGCCUUAAUUAUCAGAUUGUAACAACCAACUUGAGCGAAGGAAAUUCUUCUGCUUUAGAUUACAAAAGUGAAUUCGAAAAGUUUAAAAAUAAUAAUAAUCGUAAAUAUCUCCGCGACUAUGAUGAAAUGCGCAGCUUCAGGGCAUUUGAAGAGAACUACAAAGUUAUUGAGGAGCAUAACCAACAUUACAAGGAGGGUCAAAAGAGCUUCAGAUUGAAACCAAAUAUUUUCGCUGAUAUGAGUACAGAUGGCUACCUUAAGGGAUUCUUGCGACUUCUGAAGAGCAAUGUUGAAGAAAGCGCGAAUAAUGUUGCUGAAAUAGUAGGUUCUCCUCUGAUGACCAACUUACCAGAAAGUUUGGAUUGGCGGGAUAAGGGAUUUAUUACGCCACCAUAUAACCAACAAACGUGCGGCUCCUGUUAUGCUUUUUCGAUUGCGGAGAGCAUCGGAGGACAGGUUUUCAAGCGUACCGGAAAGGUAUUAAGUUUGAGUAAGCAACAAAUCGUAGAUUGCAGUGUUUCACAUGGAAAUCAAGGAUGCGUUGGUGGGUCCUUGCGAAACACAUUGAUAUAUUUGCAGAGCACUGGAGGCAUAAUGAGAGAUGACGACUAUAAAUACGUUGCAAAGAAAGGACAUUGCCAGUUUGUUCCCGACCUAUCUGUAGUUAAUGUAACAUCUUGGGCUAUACUUCCUGUACACGAUGAGCAAGCGAUACAAGCAGCAGUUACUCAUAUUGGACCGGUAGCCAUUUCUAUUAAUGCAACCCCAAAGACGUUUCAGCUCUAUAGUGACGGUAUUUACGAUGAUGCCUUGUGUUCAUCAGCUUCUGUAAACCAUGCGAUGUUGGUUGUUGGUUUUGGGAAGGAUUAUUGGAUAUUAAAAAAUUGGUGGGGCGACCGUUGGGGCGAGUCAGGCUUUAUGAGAAUUCGAAAAGGGGUCAAUAUGUGCGGAAUUGCCAAUUAUGCCGCUUAUGCGGUAGUGUAAACGAUUAUUGUUUAUAAAUCCCUUUCAGCCUGAAAUAACUCUUUUAAAAUUAACAAUUUUUUCAGGUCCAUAAUCUAAUUAUUUUAUAUAAAAUGCCAAUUUAAACAAUAGCUUAAAUAAUAUAUAAAUAAUAGUAAUAAAGCAAUUUUAAAAA